CGAAUGUAAUAUUUGGGGCGAGGGUCUGUCUCUUGCCCUCUCUGGGAGGGGGCUGAGGGUCGAAUAAAAGCAGGACGUUGUGUCAGGGGAAAUUCCUUUCUGAUGUGUCUGUGUGUGUGUAAUGCAUUGGUGUUACUUCCCCAGCUAAGCAGACGCAGCGUUCGUAUACAGAUAGAGAGAGAGAGACAUUCCUGGGAAUGAUGUCAGGGAUCUUGCGGAAGAAACCUCAUUUCCCUGGAAGUACGUGCCUGAAGUAAAGUUGAGCUCUCGGCCGAGAGCGAGAUCAGAGCUACACAGAGAGAGAGAGAGAGAGAGAGAGAAGGGGCUGGUCAUGGUUUACAGAUGACAGCAGCAUCUUGUGACAGGGCAGGCACUGACGGCUCGCUUAAGGUGCAAGACCCGAAAGGGACUGUCAACAUUCACAUUCAUAAAGGGGAGGAAAAGAAGCAGGAGACAAAGAGAGAGAGAACGGAAUACGCAGCCUGAGGGGCAUCCGGAGGCUUUGGAAACGCAUCGAUCAAAGUGAGGAUCUGGGAUCUAGUCGCUGUGUUUUAUUCUGUUUCGGGGCUACAGAUCUCCACCACCAGUGAUCGGUUGAGGGAGAUUAACUUUUCUGUCCUGAAUUUUCAACCUUCUCACUGAGCACUCCCCCCCCCCACCCCACCCCCCCACACACACACACACAACUACAAUAUGCUGGGUUGAUGGAGGAAUGGCCUCCGCGGUGUUUGAAGGAACCUCUUUGGUGAAUAUGUUCGUGAAGGACUGCUGGGUGAACGGAGUCAGGAAGAUCAUCAUCAACAGGCGGGAGGAAGAGUUUUUCGAGAUCAGGACCGAGUGGUCGGACAGGAACGUGCUGUAUUUACACCGGAGUUACGCCGACCUGGCCAGGGUUUUGAAGAGACUGACGGACGCCUUCCCCGAAGAUCAGGCAGAGCUUUCCCGUUCCCCUCUGGUUGAAGGGUUAGUUGCAGUGAAAAAAGCCCACGACAUAGAAGCAAGACUAAAUGAAAUUGAGAAAGUUCUGAAGAUUAUAAUUAACUUGCCCUGCAAAUAUUCUAGGUCAGAAGUUGUCCUCACCUUUUUCGAAAGAUCUUCGAUAGACCAAGUAUUAAAAAAUGACACUGUCCAGAAAGUUCAGAUGAGCUUCCAAAGCCCUGUCAAAAUAUCGGAUAUUAUGCGUUCAAAUGGGUUUUGCUUAGCAAACACGGAAACAAUCGUUUUCGACAACAAUAUUCCGAACGGUAAAGAGCAGCACCUGGCAGCAGAUUCUGCAGAAAACUUGUUUGACAUUGGAAACGAGUUUCCUGAAGAUGGCGAGGACAAUGAUCCCAGCGCCUACGUUACAAACUUAUCGUACUAUCAGCUAGUUCCUUUUGAAACGGAUAUCUUGGAGUGAUUCUAACAGGGGUCGGUUUAACGGAGGUUCGCGCUUUCCCCACCAUCCCUUUUCUUCCUGCCCUGUUGCUGCCCACGACCAUGUCAGUUGGAAUUAUUUUAUUCGCUGAUCAACGCUCAGUUCUAGUUAUUUUCAACCAAUCUGUUCAGAGACACUAUGACAUGCCCCUGGGGCAGCUGAAACUUGAAAUCAGAUCACCUGCCUCAGAGGUAGGAACACUACACUGUGUCACAAGAGCCCUUAUCGAUUGUUCGCCAGUGGAAUCCCCUGGCCCCUUUCAGCUAGCUGAAAUUGAUGAAGGAUACUUGAAUACAGCUGGGUAACACCCUCCUAUUUCAGUUUCUCAUUUAAAUGUUUACAGAAGAUGGACAAAAGUGACACACGAAAAGCUGCUUCGAUAAUGAACCCUUUGGCUAAUUCAGAGGAUACCAGAAACCCACACGACCGAGGCAAAGAAAUUAAUUGCACAAUGCGUUUCCUCCAUUUAAAAAAUGUAGUAAAUGCUGCGGUCAGCAAAUGGACCAUCUAGAUCAAAAAAAACCCAAGUUUGCUCCCAUCACUUUGACGAAGAGCUGGUGAAGAGUUGUUUCUGAGCCACGGUGUUGAUUUCUGUGGACAAGUGUUGCUGUUUAAAAUCAGGAAAGGAUUUCCAGUCAGUAGGCUGUCCCAGAUAAUCUGCCAGUCAGGACCCCUUCUGAAAAAUCAAUACUCUCAACAAGGAGCUGUUUCAGCAUCUAGAUGUGCCUCCCAGCAUGAACCCCUGCUGGUCUUUCCACACUUUCUGUUCAAGCUUUUGCUGCAAAGCCAACACAGAAAUACCGAACAGUAUUCCCACAGGCAGCAACAGCACAUAACGGACAUUAAUGACUGGAACUGUCGAAGGUUUUGAUAAAGGCAGCCUUAGCUGUGUCUGCACUGUGCUGCUUCUCUAUAGAGUGCAUCGUCACAGGUUCUCUUGUACAAACACCUUUUAAACAAAUAUACUAAUCCACUAUUUUUGGCUUAUGUAAAUAGUAAAUUAUUAAAGUCUAGAUGGUUUUAUACAGUGUAUCUUCGAAUGUAUUUUAUCGGAUGCAGUAUUAAUCAAUUAAAUGAUAUUUUAAUCAGUG